GAGAGAGAGAGAGAGAGAGAGAGAGAGAGUGAAGCAGGGCUGCCGUGUGCAUCGUUGCUGUCAGUGGUGUGGAAGCUGUGGAAGAGCAGCACGAGGAGGUUGGGACUCCACGCCAUCACGUCGUCAGCCGCCAGACUGAGCAAAAACUCCAAGGCUGGCUGUUUCCACCCACAAAAACAUGGCGCGCCUUUUUCUGAUGAGCCCGUGGUGAGACUCGCGCCGCCCUGUCUCGCCCACAGCGCCCCCUUUCCGCCCGGACGGCCCACCACGCCCCGGUGCAUAUGAAAGGGUACCAUGUCAGCCGCAGCAUGUCCCAGCAUUCCUCUGGUGGUGGCGGAGGAGGCCCCUGUCAUUGCGCGCCCGAGGACUGCGACGGCUCAGGCAGAGACUACUACCACGGCCACAAAGAUGGCCACUACUACCCUCCCGGAAGUGCGGCCGAGGCCUUGGCGCUGGAGAGACACCACUCCCACUCCCACUCCGGUGGAGGCACCUUCCCCCGCUCCCACCCGGGUCAUCACCCGCCGCUCCAGUCUUUUGACUCGUGCGAGGAGUGCGUGCCGUCGGGUCACGGAGGCAAGGCGCACCGCGUCCCUCCCAACCUGAUCGACCAGUUCGAGAAGCAGGUGCCCUUCCACCCGGACGGCUUCCACACGCUGCAGUACCAGCGCACCACCAGCGGGGGCGCCGAGCAGCGCAGCGAGAGCCCCUCGCGUAUCCGCCACCUGGUCAACUCCGUGCAGCGUCUCUUUGCUAAGUCCCAUUCCCUGGAGGCCCCGUCCAAACGGGAGUACAACGGCACAAGAGGGGGCGGGGACUACAGGAGCGAGAGGGGAAGCGGGCACAGGAGCGGCGGGGAGGACGGCGGCGGUCACUACGCCGGCCACCAAUCGCGUUCCGCUCGGAGGAACAAGUCCAGGGAGCGCAGCAAGAGCGGGGACUCGCGGCACGAGUCCGGCCGGAGACAUCGCAGCAGGACGGCGGGCUGGUGGAGCUCUGACGACAACCUGGACAGCGACAGCAGCUUCCUGGUGAGCGGCGGCAGGCGGGGCUACCCCAGCGGCCACGAGAGCCUGGAUGCUGCCAUCCAGGAGCUCACCAUGAAGAGGCCUAAGGAGCGAGGAGGUGGACCGGCGCCCGGGGAGUGCAUGGCAUGCACCACCAUCGCUCUGGCGGGGAGCGAAGGAGGCGGACACCACGGUCCCCCCGGUCACUCCCUGAAGAGGAGCACGUGGUCGGCUAUGACCGUCAGUCAAGCCAGGGAGGUGUACCCGCCCAGGGGGGUGGGAUCGGGCUACGACAAAGCCCUGGUGCCCAUUGAGAACAAACUGAAGGAGAGAAGCCUCCAUUAUCUGCAGGUUCCUUCGGAGGACUGGGGAGGCGGCUAUGGCGGCGGCGCGGGCGAGAUUCCCUGCCGCCGAAUGCGCAGCGGCAGCUACAUCAAGGCCAUGGGCGACGACGACAGCGGCGACUCCGACAGCAGCCCCAAAGCCUCACCCAAGACCACCUUGGUGGCUCAGAGGGACGCCUUCAGACGCUCCGUCAGCAUGGAUCAAAGGUACUCGUGUAAGCAGUGUACAGACCCCUACCCUAACAGCCGAACCACACCCAAGACCCACGCCCGCUCCCGUAGUUACACCCGCUCGCUGACCAGCUCACAGCUGGGAGACACCCUGAACAGACAGUUUGAGGCCGUUUGCGAGACCAUGUUCGGGGAGGUGGAGUCCCAAGCGGUCGAGGCCCUCGAUCUUCCGGGGGUGUUCCGCACCCGAAGCCAUAGCUACGUCCGAGCCAUCCAGGCCGGCUGUUCCCAGGACGACGACUGUCUCUCUGUUUUCUCUAUGUCGGGUCCGCAGGGAAGCAUCAAGGGCGGGGCUGUCUUUCCUUAUCGCAAAGGUGCUCCUCCCCCGCUGCCACCUCGCAUGUCCAAGUCCUCGCUCUCCGUGCGAGCCCAGAGCAGCACCGAGUCCACCCAGGACGCCUACUAUCAGAGCGGUGGACAAGUCGCCGCCGGCCACACGCGCCCCAAGCAGCACAGUAACUCCGUGGACCUGGGCUGCGCCGACGGACCCUCGGGACGCUCCUCCAGAGCGGGCUACUACACUGCCACGGGCCCCGGGCGUUCCCGGCAGCACAGUAACUCGGCGGAGAGCCUGGACGGGGGCGUGAGGGGGUCUCGGGAGCUGGUGCCCUACGGAGGAGGCCCCGGAGUCGGCGUGAGGGCCAAACACAGCAGCUCGGCUGACAGCUUGCUGGAGGGCCCACCCAGGCCGGCCCGAGAGAGGGACGGGCGGGCGGUGGGCAGCCUGGGGAAGUCGGUGUCACUGCCGCAGAACAGCAUCGUCUUGAGUAAAGUCGGGGGGCAGGACGACGGAAGGAAGUGGAGGCCGUCCAUCGCCGUGCAGGUGGACAGCUCGGAGACUCUGUCAGAUUCAGACGCAGAAAGCAAAGCUCUGACAGAAGUGCACUCUAUCGGAGUCCAGGUGGAAGACGACAAAAGGCGGGCCCGUUUCAAGCGCUCCAACAGCGUGACGGCGAGCGUGCAGGCCGACCUGGACCCGGAGGGCUUCCCGGGACUCAGCGUUGCCGUGCCAACGCAGGACAAGAGCCUCCAGUUCGGCUGCUCCUUCCAAAGACACUCGUCUGAGCCCGAGUCCGCUGGCCAGUACGCCGAGUGCCACCGCACUGUGCACACACAGGGACAGUGGGCCUACAGAGAGGACUUCAUCCAGAGCGGCUACACCGCAGACGAGUGUCCAGGCGACCCGUGCUCGCACCAGCACCUUCCCCCGCGCUCGCACUCCCCGCUGCCCCUCACCUCGGAGCGGGCGUGGGCGGGCACCCCCUCUCUGGAGGGCCCCCGCAGUCUCCCCGACUCGGGCCGAGCCUCCCCCUGCAUGAGAGACGGCGAGUUCUUCCUGCGCCUCCUGCAGACAGAGGUGGAGAGGAUGGAGGGCUGGUGCCAGAACAUGGAGCGGGAGGCGGAGCAGAAGGAACUCCCCGAGGAGAUUCUGGACCUGAUCCGCGGCGCAGUCGGCAGCGCCCAGAUGCUCAUGUCUCAGAAGGUCCAGCACUUCUUCCGCCUGUGCCAGCAAAGUGUGGACCCCUCUGCUUACCCCCAGCCCACCUCUCAGGACCUGGCAGGCUUGUGGGACCUCCUCCAGCUCAACAUCGAGGACGUCAGGGUCAAGUUCCAGGAUCUCCAGAGGCUCAAAGACUCUGGCUGGAAGCUCCUCCCUGAAAAGAAGGAGGACAAGAAGCUUCCUCCCCCCUUACCAAAGAAGUCGGCGGGCGGGGUGAGUGGCAGCCUUAGGGCCGAUAGUGUCGCGGACGGCGGCGGGCUGGGAGGCCUGGUGGUGCCCCGUGUCGGGGGACACACCCUGCCUAUCAGGGAGAAGUCCCUGGACCUGGGGGAGCGGCAGAGGACAGAGGCGAGGAGGAGGCUGCUGCAGACCAAGCGUACCGCCUCCUUCCGGCAGAAUUCGGCCACGGAGAGCGCAGAUAGUAUCGAAAUCUACAUUCCCGAAGCCCAGACUCGACUCUGACUGAACCCUUCAGUACCUAGACCUUCCUUCGACACGCUUCCUUUUGCUCCAAAUUCAGUUCUCAAGCAGUAACAGCCGUUUGUGUGUCUUGGAAAUUGCACAUAUUACUGACACCGAGGCCUGAAAACCAAGUGGAGAGUAGCGAGCAGAUAUGAAUUAUGGCCUUUUUCCAUUUCUUAUUUUGCAAACUAGCAACCCUUCUCUUGUUCUGUACGUGGCUGAGGCGCUCUGCAAGCAUGAGCGGGCCUGUUCAGCAAAAUAAAGGGCUCGGCGGGCACAAGACUCUCCGUCUUCAAACUCCCGGAGAAAAAACAGAUGAAAAAUGAAAAUGUGUCAGAAGUACUCCUAUUCUUCACCCACACUGCCAGUUCGGAGGCCCUUUAGUCCGACGUUUAAGCCAGGUAUUUAGUUAGCCAUUAUUUUCCUUUGCCUUUCUUCGCCAAACCACCGAUCACAGUCCUAAGAAGUGAUGGCGGCACGAAGGGAAACAAACUACGUGAAAAGAGUUGUAAUUCUAUGAGAAUAAAGUGAUAAUAGUAUGGGAUUCAAGUCCUGAUUUCAUCAUUGUAAUUUCUCGGAAAAACAUCACGUUACGUAGCAAAGAAAAGUCGGAUUGUCCCAAGAAUAUUCUCAUGUAAUUUGAAGAAAAGCGCCGUAACUAGACAAUAAAAAGAGUCGUAAUGUUUCAUGUCAAAAAAUCGGUCAUGUAACAUGAAAAAUAGUUAUAAUGUAACGUGACAAAAGUCGUGAUGUAACAAGAAAAAAGUCCCAAUGUAACAUGAAAAAAAAGUUGUAGUGCAACAUGAAAAGUCAUAAUGUAACAUGAAAGUUCUAAUGUAACAUGGCAAAAGUCGGGCUGUAACGACAAAAAAGUGCUAAAGUAACAUGAAAAGUUGUAAUGUAACAUGACAAAAAGUUUUAAUGUAACGUUACAAAAGGCACACUGUGACAUGAGAAAAGUUGUAAUGUAACGUGACAAAAGGCGCACGGUGACAUGAGAAAAGUCCUAAUGUAACAAGAAAAAAGUUGUGUUUUAAGAAAAAAAAGGUAAUAAAAAAGUCGUAAUGUAACAUGAAAAAUAGUUAUAAUGUAACGUGACAAAAGUCGUGAUGUAACAAGAAAAAAGUCCCAAUGUAACAUGAAAAAAAAGUUGUAGUGCAACAUGAAAAGUCAUAAUGUAACAUGAAAGUUCUAAUGUAACAUGGCAAAAGUCGGGCUGUAACGACAAAAAAGUCCUAAUGUAACAUGAAAAGUUGUAAUGUAACAUGACAAAAAGUUUUAAUGUCACAUGACAAAGGUCGUGAUGUAACAAGAAACAAGUCCUAAUGUAACAUGAAAAAAGUUCUACGGUAACAUGACAAAAGUCGUGCUUUAACGAGAAAAAAGUUGUAAUGUAACAUGAAAAAGUGGUCAUGCAACAUGAAAAGUCGUAAUGUAACAUGACAAAAAGUUUUAAUGUAACGCCACUAGAGGCACACGGUGACAUGAGAAAAGUCGUAAUGUAACAAGAAAAAAGUCGUGUUUCAUGAAAAAAAAAGGUCAUGAAAAAAGUCCUAAUGUAACAUGGAAAAUUGUUAUGUCACAUGACAAAAGUCGUGAUGUAACAAGAAAAAAGUCCUAAUGUAACAUGAAAAAUUCUUAUGUCACAUGACAAAAAUUGUGAUGUAACAAGAAAAAAGUCCUAAUGUAACAUGAAAAAAGUUCUAAGGUAACAUGACAAAAGUCGUGCUGUAACGAGAAAAAAGUUGUAAUGUAACAUGAAAAAGUGGUCAUGCAACAUGAAAAGUCGUAAUGUAACGUGACAAAAAGUUCUGACGUAACAUGAGAAAAGUUGCACGGUGAAAUGAGAAAAAUCGUAAUGUAACAUGACAAAAGGCGAACGGUGACAUGAGAAAAGUCGUAAUGUAACGUGACAAAAGGCGCAGGGUGACAUGAGAAAAGUCGUAAUGUAACAAGAAAAAAGUCGUGUUUCAUGAAAAAAAAAGGUCAUGAAAAAAGUCCUAAUGUAACAUGAAAAGUUCUUAUAAUGUCACAUGACAAAAAUCGUGAUGUAACAAGAAAAAAGUCCUAAUGUAACAUGAAAAACGUUCUAAGGUAACAUGACAAAAGUCGUGCUGUAACGAGAAAAAAGUUGUAAUGUAACAUGAAAAAGUGGUCAUGCAACAUGAAAAGUCGUAAUGUAACAUGACAAAAAGUUCUAACGUAACAUGACUAAAGUCGCACGGUGACAUAAGAAAAGUCGUAAUGUAACAUGACAAAAAUCGCAGUGACAUGAGAAAAGUCGUCCUGUAACAUGAUACUUAAGUUGCUGUUAGUCAAAAGCAGACGAGUCCAGUGCUACUUUUUCUUUAGGGAGACAGUAUCAUUAACAGAGUUAAGCAAAAAAGUUGUUUUGUCGUAAUUUUUCAAGUAAAACAUCAUAAAAGGAGGAUGUAAUCAUAUUGUUAGGAGAUGUCGUGGCAAUAAAGUACGAAAAGGUGUUUUUUUCAACAAAGUUACAUAGAAUAAUUUUUGGGGACAAAAAAAAAAAAUCGGAACACUUUUUUCAAGAAGAGAUGUUUUUUUUUUUAUUUAACAAGAUUUUGAUCAGAAUGUUUUGAGAACAGUUGUUAAAUAUUGUCUUUCGGAAAGUCAGAAUAGUUAUAAAAAAAAAAGUAUAUUAACAUGAAAAUCUGAACAUGACCUAAACAAAUAAUUGAGAAUCAUUUUGUUUUCUUUUUUAUACGAAAAUAAGUCACUUUUAAUAUUUUUUUUAGAAAAAACUCAGAUCGUUAAGAGAUGAAAUCAAAAUCUUCUGAGAACAGUUAUUAAAAAAUAGUCUGUCUAAAACAUUGUAUAAGAAUAAAGUUGUGUUUACUUUUAUUUUUUGGAAGGAAAACACAUUUAUAAUAGUACAUGUGUCGGCAAUGAAAUGUCUCUUUAAUAGGUGUAAUUUGAUCAAAUGAAUAAAAUCGACAGAAUUAAGUCAGAAUUUUAUUGACAGAAGAAAAAAAUCUGUUUAAUUUCAAAAAUUGUAAUACCACCAGAAUAAAGUUAAGAUAGUAAAUAUGUAAGAGAACAAAAGUUAGUAUGUUAUGAGAAUCGUUACCAAAAAAAAUGAUAUUAACAUGAAAAUCGUAACGCCAUCAGAACAAAUUAUUGAGAAUAGUUUUUCAAAGACAAUAAGUCAUAAGUAUUUUCUUUUUUUUAUCAAUUUAAUUGGAUUAUUCAAAGAAAUGAAUCAGAAUGUUCUGAGAACAGGUAUUGAAAGUAGUUUAAAAACAUUUACCUUUCAAAAUAAAGUUUAAGAAAAAAAGGGUUAUUUCUUUAAUUUUUUUAGGAAAACUUUGUAACGUUAACAGAAAUAAAUCGGAUGUUCUGAAAAACUUCACAUGAAAAUAAAGUUGUCGUGGCAUUUCUUUUUCCCACGGAAAAUGUAAAUAAUGUGUAAAGAUGUGAGAAUAAAGUCGUGAUACAAAUGGUAAGGCACUAUAACAAACUGCAUAUUAAUAACAUGAACAUUGUAAUAUUGCUAAAAUAAAGACAAUAAUCUAAGAUAAUUCAUGCAUUUCUUGGUAAAAAAAAAAAAAAUCGGAAUAAAGUCAUAAUGUUACAAUAAUAGUUACAUUUGUAACAUUACGUGAACAAUAAUAUGGUAAUUAUUUUUAGAAAAAAAAGUUGCAAUGUUAGAGACAAAUAUAUUUUAACGAGGAAAUGUUAAACAAUUGUUAUGGUUUGAUAAUAACUCCAGAAAAUAAUUUCAAACCUUAUUUUGUAAUACUGUAAUAUAAUCCCUGUACAAUUUAUUUUAUUCUCAUAAAAUUACAACUCACUAAAUAAGUCAUGAAAAAUUACAAAUAAUUUGUUGUAAUUUUACUAAAUAUUUUUUUUUUCUAGUGUGGCUUUCAUGCUCUGAAGUUUUUGUGCAUAAGGCCCUCUCCUGUUCGCAAUCACGUGACGAGACACAGCUGAUCUUAUUUCACUCUGACACUACAUCGCCCCCAAGUGGCCAAACUACAGAACAACAGCAGCAGAUUAGAAGAAAAGGACAAAAUUCAGUCCCUUCUUAAAAAGAAAAA